AUGUGCGACAUAUACAGCCUGGACUCCCGCUGCGUGUCUCCACGAUGCAACAUGAGUUGGGCGGUGGAGCCCGCUAACUUCUACGAGAGCGCCAAGCUGGGCGCCCCGCAGCACGGGCUCUGCAAGCCGGGCGGCGAGGGGCCCCCACCCAUGGCGGAGCUGAGCACCGCGGCCGCCACCGCGGCCAUGUACGACGACGAGAGCGCCAUCGACUUCAGCCAGUACAUCGAGUCCAUGACGGCCGUGCCGAACCUGGAGCUGUGCAACGACGAGCUCUUCCUCGACCUGUUCAACACCGUGAAGCAGGAGAAGCUGGACUUCUACAACAUGCAGAGCCCCCCCGCGCAGAGCGCCGACCUGCAGCAGCAGCACCAGCAGCAGCACCAGCAGCACCAGCAACAGCACCAGCUGUCGGCCGCGUACGCGGCGGAGCGGCGCGCGGACCUCGGGCUGGAGAAGGGGGCGUUCUGCGCGCCCAUCAAGCAGGAGUCCGACUGGAGCGACAGCGACGUGUCCUCGUCCCUGCCCUCGCAGAUCGAGAGCUGCGCGCAGACCUCCGUCAGCCUGCCGACGGGGCAGCCGACGCCCCCUACCACCCCGGAGCCCGGCUCCGCGGCCAGCUCGGCCAGGUCCUCCCCGCGGAAGGUCGGCCGGGAGAAGGGGAAGCGGGUGGACCGGUACAGCGUGGAGUACCGGCAGAGGCGAGAGCGGAACAACAUCGCGGUGCGGAAGAGCAGGGACAAAGCCAAGCGGCGCAACGUGGACAUGCAGCACAAGCUGCUCGAACUGAGCUCCGACAACGACAAGCUCCAUAAAACGAUCGAGCAGCUCACCAGAGAGCUCUCCGGGCUCCGGGACUUCUUCAAGCAGAUGCCCAACCCGUCCUUCGCGGGCUCCGCGAGCGCCUUGAGCCGGUGA